AUGAUACGAUUAAACAAAAUUACAUUUAAUAUUCGCUCAAUUAUUCUUCGUGGUAAUCAAAUUAUUUCAUGUAUUAAUUAUUUCCCGAAGACAAAUGAAUGUCACUGUUAUAUUUAUUCAUAUUCAUAUACAUUGACAUAUUACAAUGAUAUAACAAAUAAUUUUCCUGGUGGAUUAUUUAAAUGUGUUCGUAAAGUAUCAUUAUAUGAUGAAUGUCCCUUUGAAUAUGAAUUUUUUCUACAAAUUGCUCAAUCAUUUCCAUUUAUGAAAAAAUUAACUGUACAUAAACGGAAAUCACAAAACAAUGACAAUCAACAAUGGUCAAUUAUUGAAUGUUUUCAUCUUACUGAACUUGAUCUUGUUCGAACGCAUGAAAAUUAUAUCGAAGAAUUUAUAAUCAAUAAUAAAACGCAUUUACUAAAUAAUGUUACACUUCAUAUCACUUAUAAAUCUUCACAAAGAAUAACGCACAAUUUUACAGGAGAUGCAACACGGAUUAAUUGUUCCAAAAUAGACUACAUAGUUUUAUAUAGUAAACCAGAAUUUUUUUUUUUUGAAUAUUUAAAAGACUAUUUUCCUCAUGCAGAAAUAGUUUGGUUAUUGCCAAUUAUGACUUGA